AUGCAGGAUUUCAAGUCAAGUUUCUGGUAUCAAUCUUUCAAUCAAAAUGAACCUGUGUUAGAUAACCUCUGCGGGAUGUAUUAUAUUGCACCAAUUAAGGGAACAGAAAAAAGGUCUAACCCUGUCAGUUCCUAUGCUGCUAGCAAUUAUUGUUUGAAGGGAAUCCAAGUGCUAAAGCUUCUAUUUGUUGUACAUCUGAACCAACAGUUCUAUUUAUAUAGAGAGCGUCAAUCACGGAAGUUAAUAAACAUUACCACAGCCUUUCUAAGCAAAAAAGAAAGAAAAAAGGCAAGAAGUAAUAUGCAUUAUGGUCGUUUAAAAUUGAACGAAGAAAGAAAUUAUGUUACCAUGGGAACAGAAAAACAAGGCGAUAAGGACAGCAGUGACGACAACGACGACGACAGUAGCAACGAAGACGACAACAAUAACAACAACAACAGUAGAAACGACGACGACAGCAACAACGACAAUGACAGAGACAACGGCGGCGACGACAACAGCAGUAACGAAAACGACGAGACAGUAGCAACGAGGACGACAACAAUAACAACAACAGUAGAAACGACUACGAAAGCAACAAUGAAGACAACAGCAACAACGACGAGGACAGAGACAACGACGGCAACGACAGCAGUAACGGCAACAACAAUAACAACAACAAUAGUUACGACGUUUCUGAAAUGUACUAGUUUUCUAGGUGUCUAUGUUUAA